AUGUUCAAGAAGUCGAGCAAGCCGAAGAACGUGCGGAAGCGGCAGCUGCUGAGCGAGGACCAGGACCGGGACAGCAGCAGCAGCGGCGGGGGCGACGAGGACGCGUCAGCAGGCGGGAAUGGCCCGCCUAAGUCGAAGAGUGCGCGCCGAGCCGAGGGCAAGCUCGCCUUCAGCUCCGCCUCCUCUCAGCAGCGCGCAGCGCGCGCCGCAGCGGCGGAAGCGGGGGCGGACGGCGCCGCGGAGGGUCCCGCGAAGCCAGCAGUCAGCUUCGCGUACGAGUCGGACCGACGCGUGCAGAUGGCAUCGGACAGCCGUGCGACGGCGACAAUAGAGACGGAGACGGAGUUUGACCGCGACUCGCGCGCCAUCCGCGAGAAGGUGCUGAAGCAGGCGGAGGAGGCGCUCAAGGGCAGGGCGCGCGAGGGGGGCUCCGCUGCUGCUGGCCCCGCAGGCCCGCCGGGGAGCAAGAAGGAGGUUUACAAGGGCAUGGCUGGCUACGCAGACCACACGGCAGGCUUCAGGCGAGAGCACACAGUGGCGAGUGAGAAGGCAACGGGUGCGCACGGGCCCCUGCGUGCCUCCACACACAUCCGAUGGUCCGUGCGCUUUGACUACCAGCCGGACCUCUGUAAAGACUAUAAAGAGACUGGCUAUUGCGGGUAUGGGGACUCGUGCAAGUUUUUGCAUGAUCGUGGAGAUUACAAGGCGGGGUGGCAGAUUGAGAGGGAGUGGCAGGAGAAGGAGAAGAGGAGGAAAGAGGCGGCUGCACUGGGGAUGUUGGAGGAAGGGGAUGGGGGAGAAGGGGAGGAGGAGGAAGAUGAUGAUGACGAUCUGCCGUUUGCGUGCUUCAUCUGUCGGCAGUCGUUUGUGGAUCCGGUGGUUACGAAGUGCCGGCAUUACUUCUGCGAGCACUGCGCCCUCAAGCACCACUCGCGCAACAAGAACUGCUUUGUGUGCGAGCAGCCGACCCAGGGUGUGUUCAACACGGCACAUGACAUCAUCAAGCGUGUGAAAGAGCGGGCUGCCAAGGAGGCCAAGGACAAGGAGGAGAACGCUUUUUCUGAAGAGAACCUGCAAGCAGAGGAACCCCAAGCAGAGGGUCUUCGGCAGUACGAGGACGAGGCGAGGCGGUUCUCCAUCCGGGUGCCGGCGGCGUGGGAGCAGCGCGACAAGGCGGGCGCGACGGCGCUCUUCGCGAACCCCGAGCGGCGCGGCGACACCCUGGGCGUGGUGGUGAACCCCGUGCGCGUGCGAUCCCUGCGCGACUUUGGUGACAUUGACUACGUGGCGACCAGACUGCUGGACGCAGAGCGACGCAAGGAGAGCACCAAGAGCGCGGAGAUCUUGUCGCAGAGAGUGAAAGAGCUAGCGGGAGGUAUCCCGCUGUACCAGAUAGAGUACGCACUCGCCAGCACCAGAGGCAGCAAGCGGAUUCUAACGGCAGUGACUAUAGCAGAUAGGAAGCUGUACAUUGUGAACAUUGCAGUGGCGGAUUCGGAGAGUGAGCCCGUGGAUCUCGCCACCCUGGGAAUGCUCCGCAGAGCUCUGGACUCGUUUGCCCUUCUGAGCUGA